GCGCAAUCAGUUGCUGUGUCCGUUUUACUGCAGGUACGGUUAUUUGUAAGUUGUUUAACCGAGUAAACGUUAAAAAUUUGAUUGAGCGGUUGCGUGUACACUACCUGUUUUCAUUGUAAACUAUUGUUGGAAAUGGUUGCGGUUUGUGAAAUAUGCAAAGUCACAUUUAGCAAACAAAGUAAUUUAAGGGCGCAUGUAAAAAAGUUCCAUCCUGGUAAGUAGUCUUGCUUUAUUUUACUUUAGCUGACAGUAGUAUAGGUACGUUAGUUUACAUUUUGACUUUCCAUUCCAUAUUAGACGUCUAUUUAAUAUUUAUCUGUCUGAAACUUAUUUUCAGAUCAAUUAACUAAAUUAGCACCAUACAAAACGUACAAAUCAGCCGCAGUUUGCAAUGGAUGCGAGAAAAGUUUUGUGAAGUACUCAAAUUUGGUACAACAUGUAAAGCGAUUCCAUCCAGAUAGAGAAGCAGAGUUGACGAAAGCCAAGAAGUAUACACAUGAGUGCGAUAAGUGUAAAAAACAUUUUAGUCAUUUGAAAAAUUUAAACAGUCACAACAAAGGUCAUCACUCAGAAAGUAGUUCUAGCAGACGAAAAUCUUUAAAAUGCAGUAUUUGCGGGUUCUCAGACUAUUUCAGACACCAGUUAUAUCAACAUUUUCAAAAUAUUCAUGAUAUAUCCAUUAGCACCAAAUCCAUGGAAUUUGCUAACAUGGACGCCUUCACAUUUUGGAAAGUACAAGAAGAAAAAGCAACUUGUUCUCUUUUUAUAAGUGAACAUGGGUGGUACAGUACUGAGAAAAAUAAAAUUUUAAAAUAUGUUUGUCAUCGAUCUGGAUAUUAUAAACGAAAAGGAAAGGGAAUAAGGCAUAUAAAAACACAAGGGACAAAAAAAAUAGAUGGGUUUUGUCCUGCUGGAAUAAAACUCACCGUAUGUCAUGUAUCAGGAACUUGCUUUGUAGAAUACACCAGCACGCAUGCAGGACACACAUCAGAUAAUCUAGGGCACUUGACUUUAACAACAAAGGAAAGAGAGAAUUUUGCUCUGAAAAUAGCAUCAAAAAUUCCAUUCCAGGUAAUUUUGGAUGAAGUUAGAGAUUCUAUUUGCAAUUCAGAACUGGAUCGAACUCAUCUUUUAACGAAAAAGGAUUUGCAUAAUAUACAGCAAACUUUUAAUUUGAACAAUGAAGCUAUAAGACAUACAAAUGAUGCCGUCAGCAUAGAAUCGUGGGUCAAAGAGGUCGAGAGUAGUGGAUGUGUGUUGUUUUAUAAACCUCAGGAUAUUUCCUUAUUGGAACAUCAAAAUUUGAAAAAAGAAGAUUUCAUUUUGAUUAUUAUGAAUAUGGGCCAACUAGAAAUACUUGAAAAGUUUGCUGAUGAUUGCAUAUGCUUAGAUGGCACUCAUGGCCUCAAUCCUUAUGACUUUCAGCUGCACACACUCCUAGUUCUGGAUGAUUUACGAGAAGGGUUCCCUUGCGCAUUUUUGUUUAGCAAUCGAUCAGAUGUGGAGAUUUUGGUUUUAUUUUUUUCAUGUAUUAAAGAGAAAAUGAAGAGACAAAUAAAACCACGAGUUUUUAUGUCAGACAUGGAAAAAACAUUCUAUAAUGCAUGGAUACGUGUUAUGAAACCUGCAGAUUUUAGAAUUUACUGCACAUGGCAUGUAGACCGCUCUUGGCGUAAGAAUCUAAACAAAAUUCAUUCCAAAGAAAAACAGGUUAUGGUCUACAAACAACUUAGGACAAUUCUGCAAGAACUAGACCAAAAUGCGUUCACCCAAAUGAUAGACAAUUUUUUAAGAGCGUUAGUAAAUGAUGCAGACACAUGCGAAUUUGGUCAGUACUUCAAAAGGUAUUAUACCGAAAAUGUCGAAGCUUGGGCAUAUUGCCAUCGCUUGCAUAGCGGACUAAACACAAAUAUGCAUAUCGAGCGGAUGCACGAGACUAUUAAAUAUAUUUAUUUAAAUGGAAAGGUAGUCAAGAGGCUUGAUAAAGCUAUAAAUGCCCUGAUGAAGUUCGUGCGAGACAAAUUAUUUGAAAGACUGAUUACUUUAAAUAAAGGCAAAAUUUCCAGUAAACUUAAGGAUUUACGAGCUAGGCACAAAACGAGUGAAGGCAUGGAUCUAAAGCUGGUAAUGGUGACAGAGGAGGGGUGGGAGGUACCUUCAGCUUUAUGUCAAGAUUUGUAUAAAGUGGAAGCGAGAAAAAUUAACUGUACUUGCAAAUUGGUGUGUCAACAAUGCCAUGCAUGCAUUCACCAAUAUUCCUGCUCGUGCAUAGAUUCCUCUGUUAAGUGGAAUAUGUGCAAACAUGUACACCUAGUCUGCAGAUUCCUUAAUGACAGAAAAGAGCUCGAAGUCGGAAAUAUUACACAAGGGCCAGUUCCAAAUGCCAGUAUUCUUCAAAUUGAUGACGGUAUUUCCAGUAAAGUAGAGGAAGAGCAGAAAAUACUUGCCGCUAUUUCGCAAAAUACAUCAAUUUCAGAAGAAAAUCUCUAUGACGAAAAAGAGAAAUUAAAAAUGGAGGUAAUGGAACUAAUCCAUGAUAUCGACAAAAUUUCAACAAGAGAGGAAAUAUCUGCUCUGAAGAAACUAGUGGGCCCAAUCAAGCCAACAUUACAUGCAAUACGGUUGCAACAAAGUCGUGAUCUUCAACAUUCAAUGGGAGCAAGCUCCAAAGUACACCACAACAAAAACAUUAAACAGCAGAGACGGCUUUUUAAAACGAAGAAAAAGACCAAGAAGGAAACUGUGGGUUUAUCAAAUCCAGGUACAGAAGAGAUCAAUCAAAUAGCAAUAAAUCUGUUACAACUCAGUUGAACUUAACGUUAAAUUACAAUAAAGUUUUCAUUUUCA